AUGUUGAACUCUUUCCUUUCUCUGUUCAAUAGGAUCAAAACAAUAGAUGCCAUGCUAGAACUAGAGAAACCCAAUGUAAAAAUUUUUAUAUACAGAGAUGACUUAAGUAAAAAGCCAUUUUCAAAGCAGCAAAAGAUGAAUGGCAGUACUUGCUUAGAAAGUUCAGAGCCACUGAUCAAGAGGGAAUUGGAAGAUGGGAAACUUUGUGGGGGGGGAUCAAGCUAUGGCAGUGCAGCUGAGGAGAAAGGGGAAGGGAUCAGAGUAAAGAUUAAGAUGACGAGGCAAGAAGCGGCACAAAUGCUUUCCAAGUGCAAAAAUGGAGGGGUUCUCGAAUUCAAGGAUGUAACUCUUGCGCUCGCGCAUAUUCCAACGGGUCGUGUUAGUGUUGAACCGUCACCAGCCACUUGCUGUGGUGCUGGUCCAGCAGUUCUGAAGACCAUCCCUGAAGAAUACUGA